AGCACUUUUGAAUUGCUUCUUGUCUUGAGACUGCAGCCCGAAGUCGGAUCUGGUCAAUUUCAGUUCUGCUCUUGUCCCAGCCGGAAAUCUGUCACUCUCAUCUUCGGGUCACAGGAACGAAAGGCUCGGUUUCCGGGCCCCGGUCGCCGUGGACGAGCCGAGCUUAGGUUGAGCCAAGCUUCUUUAAAUCCGCAACAUAAUCCACAUUCUGAAGCUGUCGCAACACCCAACAACUCUUCCCCCCUACGCGAGUUGCUCUUGAAGGAGGCUACCAGCAUUCAUCUUCACCUUGGUCAGGUUUGCACGCUCUUCACCAUUUCACAAUGGCACCAAUUGGCGAUGAUACUGUUAAGGCGCUGCAAGACUUGGUCAAUAAGCUUGAGUCGCGAGUAAAGCAGCUCGAGGACAAGCUCACCCAUGCCCAAGGCGGUACGAAGCACACUGUAGAAGAGGGCGUUCGGAUGAUCUUGAUGGGUCCACCUGGGGCUGGCAAGGGCACUCAAGCUCCCAAGAUCAAGGAGAGAUUCAGUUGCUGUCACUUGGCAACCGGAGACAUGCUUCGAUCACAAGUUGCUAAGAAGACACCAUUGGGCAAGGAGGCCAAGAAGAUCAUGGACCAAGGUGGACUCGUCAGUGACGAGAUUGUCAUUGGUAUGAUCAAGGCGGAAUUAGAGACCAACCAGGAGUGUGCCGGAGGCUUUAUCCUUGAUGGUUUCCCACGAACAGUCGUACAAGCACAAAGAUUGGACCAAAUGCUGGCGGAACGCAACCAGAAGUUGCAACACGCUGUCGAGCUUCAAAUCGAUGAUGGCCUCCUCGUCUCGCGGAUAACAGGGCGUCUAAUUCACCCAGCCUCCGGCCGAUCAUACCAUAAGAUUUUCAACCCACCUAAGGAGAACAUGAAGGAUGAUGUUACGGGCGAGCCAUUGAUUCAAAGAUCGGACGACAACGCUGACGCCUUGAAGAAGCGACUGGUCACCUAUCAUCAACAAACUGCACCUGUGGUUGGAUAUUACCAAAAGACGGGUAUCUGGAAGGGUAUUGAUGCCAGCCAAGAACCGGGGCAAGUUUGGAAGAGCCUUCUCGGAGUUUUUGAGGCGGAAAAAAAACAGCAGGCCAAGAGCGGGAGUCUGCUCAGCAGGAUUACAGGGCACUGAAUCGAGCGAACUUUGUAAUUGGCGCGGCGGCCAAGAUUUGCAUAGAUUUCGAAAAGUUUACGGUUACUGCUUGGGGUGAGUGAGCAUCUUGUGUUCACAACACUCAGGGCGGGAGGGCAACUGCACGAAUUUGUACGACCACUUACCACGUGGGUUUGAUGCCCAUUUUUUAAGGGGCUGUAUGUACAUUAGUGUCUGGGAACAAUGGACCAGAAUGUUAAUGUGGCCCGCAUCAUCUCAUGCAAGAUCUCAGGUCCGGAUCCGUGGACUCAGGAUCAUUGUUCCUCUUCCCCAUCGCAUCAUUGAGACCGGGUGGCUACGAGUUCUGCAGAUCGGUCGACUUCCGUUCCAAUCGAUAGAACGCUUCCAUGCAGCGUGCCGCUGAAGAUGUUACACCACGCCUGAGUUUGGAUGCACACCACGAUCUCCAUUAACAUCAGGGCUGUGAGACCCCAAC